CCGAUUGCUGUUGGUUGCUGUUGAUUGCUCCGUCGAGACAGUAGAUACGCCAGUCAAUCCAAUUCCCCUCGAACCGAUUUUUUCGAAGCUUCCUGUCCAUUCUCAUCACCAUGGCGAAGAAGGCCUUGCCCAAGGAUCAGAUCGUGAAGCUCAUCGUGGGCGCCGGUCAGGCCAGUCCCAGUCCUCCCGUUGGUCCCGCCCUGGGUAGUAAGGGUGUGAAGAGUAUGGACUUCUGUAAGGAAUUCAACGCCCGAACUGCACACAUCAACACCGGCGUCCCGAUUCCUGCGCGUGUCACUGUCCGUCCCGACCGCUCUUUCAUGUUCGACCUCCGUACGCCCACUACGACUUACCUGUUGUUGCAAGCCGCCAACGUGGAACCUCGCAAGAACCGAAUCCGUGGCGCCCAGAACCCCGGCCACGAAACCAUCGGCAAGAUAUCCCUCAAGCAUGUCUACGAAAUCGCCAAGAUCAAACACACCGAGACGCGACUGUCAGGUCUGAGCCUGCAGGGGCUGUGCAAGAGUGUCAUUGCUCAAGCCAAGUCCAUGGGCAUCCAGGUUGAGCCGUGAAGCAUCAUGGAGCGGGCGAUCGGAAAUAUCGGUGUACUCUAUAUUAUGUCCUUACUGCUGUGAGGUCACUGCCAUUGCUGUCUUGGAUUUACGAAAUUGGCGUUACGCGGAACUGGGUCUGUUACCAUAUGUAUCAUAGGCAUUGCAUGUUGUAUAGAAAGCGUUGGCUGGUGCCUGAAGCGAUCACAUGAAGUGGAUUUGACUUUCGGAAGUGAGGCCAUUGGAAGGUGUCGGUGGCUGUAAGAUUGUCGGAGUGUCCUGAAAUCCGGGAGAGGUUUGAACGGCUACGGCCUGUCACGGCGUGUCUAUACAAAGUACGCAAUGGAUUGGAUGGAGGCUAGGCCAGCGCCACAGGCCCUUCUGCACAAAUCGAUCCCUACUAUACCCC